AUGGCACGGUUGGUCUGCAAUGUGAGGGAAUCCGAAGGAAGAGAGAACAACACCGACAGGCGACGCGAUAUGGUUUUCGUUUCCUCGCCUUCCCUGUCACACCUUUCAUCGAACAUGUUGAAGGCAAUAGUGGAAGAGGAAUUGGAUCGGCACUGGGACGAGAUGCAGGCCGAUUGCCUCAUCAAUAUCUUCCGCCGCCUCGCCCUCGGAGAUCUCGCCGUCGCCGUCCCCUUCGUCUGCAAGUCCUGGUACCGCGCCUCCCUCGACCCUAGCUGCUGGUGCCGUCUCAACUUCCGCUCCUUCGAUUUCACACCCUGGAGCCCUUUCUCCUGCGCCUUUGCACUCCGCUACCACCUCCACUCCCCCCUCUCCUUCUCCGCCUUCCUCUGUUUCUCCCUCCACCGCUCCCGCGGCGUCGUCGACCAACUCACCUUCCCCCUUUCCUCUGCCGUCUCCAUCCACAACCUCGCCUAUGCCUCUGUCAAAUGCCCGAGAUUGAAGGCGCUGGCUUUGCCGGACAACCUGAUGCUGGAGGAUGACCUUCGAAUCCCGGAGCUGGUGCGGCGGUGGAAGGAUCUGGAGCAUCUGGAGAUGGAGACCAAGCCCUCCUCAUUCCUGGAGGCGGUCGCCGAGAUCGGCCAUAACUGCCCGCGGUUCGUCGGGUUGAAGGUGCGCGGGCUAAUCGGGCGCGAGGACGCCAAGGCCCUGGCGCGGUGCUUACCGGAGCUGAAGCACCUGGAGUUGAGCAAGUCCUACUUGACCAAGGACGAGCUGUUGGUGGUCAUCGGCGGCUGCCGGAAGUUGGAAACGUUGACCGUAAAGGAUUGCCUCAGAUUCCAGGCGGACGACGAGAUUCUGAAGCUGGUGUCAUGCAUCGAGCGGUUCGAGCACGAGGGGUCGACACUUCUCGAUGAUUACGGGUACGAGAUCGAUGAGUCGGAGCAACAAACCGGAUUCUUCCACCGGUGA